AAAAAACACAUUAAUCACAUUACCAAAAAGCCCCUAAAGCUGGUGCUGCUGCAUCUGCUCUUCUGCUUCACUAUCUCUCCCUCCCUCUCCCUCUCCCUCUCACUCUCUGUCACUUCCCACACGAGUGCAUAGCCAGGCAGUCGCUGUUUCCAUUCUUUUCCUGUUCUUUUUAUGGUAUCGAGUUAACUGGGGCUGAGCUAUUAUGGGUUGUUGCCAAUCUUCUUUUUUAAAACCACGGUUCUCCGAUGAUAAUAAAAACAAUCGACGAGAGCAAGAACAACUUCGGGAAAAUCAACAGCAGCAGCAACAUGUCCGAACUAAACAUUCUCCACAGCCAACAAACGGAACGGAAAAAAGCGGUGUUCUAGGUGGAGGUGGAGGUGGUGGCGUGCCGUCUUUCACGGAGUUCUCGUUUGCUGACCUACAAGCUGCAACAAACAACUUUAGUCCCGAGUUUAUCGUGUCUGAAAGCGGUGAAAAAGCGUCCAAUGUUGUUUAUAAAGGACGGUUACAAAAUCAGAAUAACAGCAAUAACAUAAGUUGGAUCGCUGUCAAGAAGUUUACCAAACUGGCCUGGCCUGAUCCUAAACAGUUCGCUGACGAGGCGUGGGGUGUUGGGAAAUUGAGGCACAAAAGGUUAGCAAAUUUGAUUGGUUAUUGUUGUGAUGGAGAUGAGAGGCUGUUGGUGGCUGAAUACAUGCCAAACGAUACCCUUUCAAAGCAUCUGUUUCACUGGGAAAAUCAAACUAUUGAGUGGGCCAUGCGUUUGAGAGUUGCACUUUAUAUUACUGAAGCCUUAGAUUAUUGUAGUUCUGAAGGUCGUCCACUGUAUCAUGACUUGAACGCUUACAGGGUUCUUUUUGAUGAGAAUGGAGAUCCCCGGCUUUCAUGUUUUGGAUUGAUGAAGAAUAGUAUGGAUGGAAAGAGUUACAGCACAAAUCUUGCUUAUACACCUCCUGAGUACCUAAGAAAUGGAAGGGUCACCCCAGAAAGUGUCAUCUUCAGCUUUGGGACUGUCCUUUUGGAUCUUCUUAGCGGAAAGCACAUCCCUCCUAGUCAUGCUCUUGAUAUGAUUCAAGGGAAGAACAUUCUUCUCCUUAUGGAUUCUCAUUUGGAGGGAAACUUCUCAACUGAAGAGGCGACUGUGGUUUUUGAUCUUGCCUCACGAUGCUUGCAAUACGAACCAGGGGAGCGACCAAAUACCAAGGAUCUUGUUAUGGCACUUGCACCACUGCAAAAUAAACCUGAUGUUCUGUCCUAUGUGAUGCUGGGAAUUCCAAAGCAUGAAGAAGCACCUCCUACCCCACAGCACCCCCUGUCUCCAAUGGGUAAUGCGUGUUCACGGAUGGAUCUCACAGCUAUCCAUCAGAUAUUGGUAAUGACACGCUACAAGGACGAUGAACGAAGCAGCGAGGUAAUUAAACUGUACAGAAGCAAGUUAUCUUUCCAAGAGUGGACACAACAAACGAGAGAUACGUUGGAGGCCAGAAAGCGUGGAGAUGUAGCAUUUAAUGAAAGAGAUUUUAAAACUGCUGUAGAAUGCUAUUCUCAGUUCAUAGAUGCUGGAACAAUGGUAUCUCCAACUGUUUAUGCACGGCGUAGUCUUUGCCAUCUCCUAUGUGAUCAACCUGAUGCUGCUCUCCGAGAUGCAAUGCAAGCACAAUGUGUCUACCCUGACUGGUCUACAGCAUUUUACAUGCAAGCCGUUGCCCUUGCCAAGCUUGACAUGCACAAGGAUGCUGCCGACAUGUUGAAUGAGGCUGCUACCCUAGAAGAAAAAGAGCAACGGAGUGGAAGAUGAUCUCGAGAAACGACUCUGUAUUACUCUUCUGUAAUCUGAUCUGUUAUUGUGGUUGUUGUAUCAAAUAGUGGGUUUGAUGUAGAAUUGGGAAUCAGAAGUGUUUUGGCCCGAGGUGUACCAUAGUGGUGGGGUUAAGGUAUGACACGAUUAAAAGAUUGAUAUAUUCUCUCAAGUGUAGGAGUGUCGAAGUAAUAAAUAACUCGACAAGACAGGAGUCGAA